AUGCUAGCAAUUAUCCGUUACCAAUACCGCUCCAAUCAAAUUAGACCAUCGGUGAGCAGUAACACAAACACAACAACAAAAAUGCUACAACCACACAGUUUCAAAGUUAACAAACCACGACCAAACGAAAAUCCGUCCACAACCUGGAAACAAAGAUCUAUCACAAACCCUCGCUGGGCGACAAUGACGUUGGCCUACGGAAACCAACGGAAAUGGCAGCAUCGCUGCGGACCACUGAUUUGGUCUAUGCUACCCUGA